AUGGCGUUCAUGGUGAAGUCCAUGGUGGGCGGCCAGCUGAAGAACCUCACCGGGGGGCUGGGCGGCGAGGAAAGGGGGGAUGGCGAGAAAUCCCCGGCCGAAGCCCAGGGCAUGACGCGGGAGGAGUAUGAAGAAUACCAGAAGCAGCUAGUGGAGGAAAAGAUGGAAAGGGAUGCCCAGUUCACCCAGCGUAAAGCAGAGAGAGCCACGCUCCGGACCCACUUUAGAGACAAGUACCGGCUCCCCAAGAAUGAAACAGAUGAUAGUCAGAUCCAGCUGGCAGGAGGGGACGUGGAGCUCCCAAAGGAGCUGGCCAAGAUGAUCGAGCAAGAUAACGAGGAGGAAGAGGAAAAGGACUCUGUUAUCGGACAGCUGACCAGCAUCCCGAACCUGGACCUUGAUUCCCUGAAGGAUAAAGCCCAGGCCACGCUAGAGGACCUGAAACAGUCAGCUGAAAAGUGUUCUGUUAUGUGA